AAAGCUCGGUCCAUUUCAACCUGCUGUUGUAAGUAACUGAUCAUGUCUCACUCAGGUGCUCAAGGCAGCAUUGGUAGCCACUCUACCAUUGGGCUGCGCAAUUCAAAGAUAUACCUCUACGAACACGAGAACUUCCAGGGUCGUAAGAUGGACCUGUUUGCAGAGUGCCGUAACCUGUCUGAGAAGGGUUUUGAAAAGAUUGGCUCCAUCAGGGUAGAGAAUGGACCCUGGGUGGGUUAUGAGCAGCAGAACUUGACUGGGGAGAUGUUCAUUCUGGAGAAGGGAGAGUACCCUCGCUGGGACACCUGGUCCAACAGCUACAGGUGUGACCGCUUUAUGUCAGUCAGGCCCGUCCGCAUGGACCCCCAGGACCAUAAGAUUUGCUUGUAUGAAAGCACAAACUUCGAGGGUCGUAAGAUGGAGGUGUGCGACGAGGAUAUUCCCAGCCUGUGGUCGUAUGGCUUCCAGGAUCGUGUUGCCAGCAUUCAGGUCACUGGUGGAACCUGGGUGGGCUACCAGUACCCUGGCUACCGUGGCUACCAGUACGUGUUCGAAAUGGGCCCAUACAAGCACUGGAACGAGUGGGGGGCCCACCACCCACAGAUCCAGUCCAUCCGCAGGGUGAGGGACAUGCAGACGCAUCGCAGGGGCUGCUUUGAGAUGUCCGCAUAAAGAGGGGUCCAACAGACUGUGGGCGAAGGGAAUAGCAAGGGGUCUGGCUCGCCAUGCUGCCAACCAUCCCUUGGAGAUUCUUUAAGAGUCACUUAGCUAGUACAAGUUAAUGGCUUUUGAAUAUUGUUAUUGCUUUUACUGGUAGGAUGUUCUGAUUGUCACAGACCUCCAGAGUAAGUGUAACACUGGUAAAAUCAGUAGCAAUGCUCUCUGUCUACAGACCUCAUUAAGAUUACAUGAUUCAACCUAUUUAUCAACAGGGAAUAAAGGGGAUAAGUAGAUUUAAGUUUAUAGUUUGUGUUUUAUUAGUUUGUUUCAAGGCUAUUCGCAACAACACCUACAAACCUUUAAUUUUAUUUUUAUUUACAAAACUACGUUUUAUGCUCAAAUGAUGCCAAUAAGCCUGUUCAUCAUCUCCUGCUCGUGAGAGCCACAGACUUUAGAGAGUUAGAAAGGGACAGACAGAUCAUAUCACUCCUUACAAAGUUCUACUACAGGCAGCUCUCAGCUUGGCGCAUGCCCUGCAGUAAGGUUACCAGGCAGAGGGAGGCGCUAUCUCCUCACCACAGAGCUCAAGACUCACCUCAGUUGCGAGAGGAGGGUACUGGUCAGUCUGUGAUUAAACAAGAGAAAGGUGGCCAUGCAGGGUUGUGUGUUGCAGAUGUGAAUAUCUUUAUGGCCGGCCUGUUUCACCCUGUUGAUGGGGCUGUCCAGAGGAUUCUACACUUUCUCAGGGAUGCUGGCAUCUGGAAAGCAACUUUCCAUUAGAAAAAAUGAAAUAAAAAUAUUA